AUACCUUCAUCUUCACUUCAUCCAAAUUCUCCCCCCACUAUUAUUUCCUCAUCCCAGCUUUCAUACUUGGAAAAACAAAAUUUAUGGGUUUUGGAGCUCUCCCCGAUGGGUGUCUGGAUCUAGGCUUAUCCUGCCAUGGAAGGCGAGAGAUGAUCAAAAACAACAACCACAGCAACAAGUCAUUGUUCUCCUUCAACUACGAUCCCUCCUUUCCAUCCCUCUCUCUAGGCCUUAUUCCACCACCACAACAACAGCAACAAGAUGGUCAUGACCAUCCGACAGGCGGCGGCGGCGUGUUUCUCCCGAAAAUCGAGGUGGAAAAUCUGCAGGCUUCCUCUCCUCUCAGUACUACCGCCGUCUCUACUUCCUUCUCCAGCGUGAAGAAAGAGAGAGACUACUAUUCCGGCGGCCGCAAAGGAAGAGGAGGAGGAGGAGGAGAUCGUGAUGGUGCCGCGGAGGGAUCGGGCGAGGAGAGAUUCUUGGUGUUGUCUGCUUCGAGAAAUAGUACGACGACGGAUGAAGAUGAAGAAGGCAGCCCCAGAAAGAAACUCAGGCUCACCAAAGACCAAUCCGCGCUUUUGGAAGAAAGCUUCAAAGAACACAGCACCCUCAAUCCUAAACAAAAGCAAGCGUUGGCCGACCAGCUCAACCUCCGCCCACGCCAGGUUGAAGUUUGGUUCCAAAACAGACGAGCCAGAACGAAGCUGAAGCAGACGGAAGUGGACUGCGAGCUGCUGAAGAAAUGCUGCGAAACGCUGACGGAGGAGAACAAGAGGCUGCACAAAGAGCUCCAAGACCUCCGAUCCAUGAAGCUGCAGGCAGCGGCGGCGCCACCGUCGUACAUGAUGCAGAUGCCGGCGGCCACUCUGAGCAUGUGCCCUUCCUGUGAGAGGACGACCGCCGCCGAUGCCACCAACGAUAAUAAUAUCCCGUUGAGAAGCAUGAACGGGGUGGUACCGAAAGGUUAUUUCUACAAUCCGGCGGCCUUCAGCCACUCGCCGUCAGCAGCUUGCUAGAUUGUUUCAUCCCGCAAGUCUGUUUUGGUCAUGAUGAUAUUGUUAUAGAUAUUACAUAUAUUAUAGUGAAUGUUCAUUAAUUUUCUUUUUGGCUUCUUGAUACUAAUACUAGUUUGAUGAAGCACGCAUAUAUAUUAUUCUCUUGCGUUUUUGUUGAGAGUACUGUGGCGAUAUGUAGUACCCUUGUAUAUUAGAAAAUUUUGAUGGCAUAUAUUUCAAGUGAGGAAUUGUAUUUCUACUUCUUAUAAUUAAAUUAGCCAAGUAUUUUGAA